UCAAGAUAUAUGACAUUUUGUAUGCAUGUAGUGAUCAUUGGGUGUUGACACUUGUUGAUCCGGAGAAAGGAACUGCCUAUUUUAUGGACCCGCUGAAAAGACGCUUACCCACAGGAGAUUGGAUGUCUAUCGUGGAUACUGCUAUGCGUAUGUAUAUUUCUGAAAAGAAUAAGCAGAGUCGGAGUUCAGUCCAUUGGAAAAAUUUGGCUGGCAUUCCUCCCCAACCUAGCAACAAGGAGUGCGGGUACUUUAUCAUGCGAUACAUGAGAGAUAUCAUUGAGGAUAAAGACAUGUCAUUGUUUCCUUCCAAGUGGGAGAGGAGAGGCAGUAGCCAAUACACCCAGGCAGAUAUUGAUCAAGUGCGAAAUGAGUGGGGGAAGUUUGUUGUCAACACAUAUGUGCACGAGUCAUGAAGUAGCACACUUGUUGCUGGUACAUUUUAGAUAAGGAAAGCAUCCUUUUUUGUGCUUCUCUGCUGGUACAUUGUCAUGCACCAUGUGUGGCAUAUUUUGGAACCAUAUAUGUGUAUCAGCUUUUUGAUGUCCCGAGUAGAUGGGCAUGCACUAGAAUGCUUUUCUUGUGUAAAAUGUUGGUUUCAAUGAUUGGGAAAUGCAUCCCUUUUGCUUUUG